AUGGUGUCUCAUAGAAAUGUUGGUGAUCAUGAUGAGGAGUGGGAGUUCAUAAAUUGUACCACAGAACUCCAAGAAGCCGGAAUUGAGUUAAAGGAGGCCAAGGGAAGUAUUAGUUUGUUGGAUAUCAAGUUCACCAAUGGAGUGUUGGAAAUCCAAUCUUUAUUUAUUAAGGAUUGGACAAAAACUAUAUUUAAAAAUCUAAUUGUAUACAAACAGUAUUGUCCAAUAGUAACUUGCACAUAUGUUACUGAUUAUAUAAUCUUCAUGUAUCGUCGCAUCAAUUCCUCAAAGGAUGUUGAGUUACUUCGGCGUUGUGGAAUUAUCAUUCAUUGGUUAGGAAAUGAUGUAGCUAUUCACGCCUUGUCGACCAACCUUGCAAAGAAUGUUGCAAGAGGGGGCGACAUCGAAAUGUAUGGAUGA